AUGGGUAUACAACAUUGUGAAGGGAAAAAUACAACAUUAAAAGCAUAUCUACAAUCCUGGAAGUAUUUCAAAGAGGUUGAAAAGGAAAUAAGAAGGCAAUUUGUUUUUAAACAAGAAGUGCAGGAUAAAGCUCAAGCUAUUAUCAAUAACUAUACUAACGAAUAUAUCCAACACAGCAAUGUUUCAAAUAAUUUGCAAAUUAUAGGCGUACAUAUUCGCCGAGGAGAUUAUCUUAAACCUGGAAAAAUUGCAUUUGGUUAUAAAGUGGCUACUAAAUCGUAUUUGUAUAAAGCAUUUCAGUUAUUCCGAUCGAAAUUUAAAAAUUGUUUAUUUCUUGUUUUUACGGCACCGAACAAAGUAGAUAUAAACUGGAGAAAUAAUCACAUUCACGGAAGUGACGUCAUGAACGUAGAUGCUCAUGAACGUGAUGUCGACAUGUGUGCUUUGUCAAAGUGUAAUCAUACAAUCAUAACGGUUGGUUCAUUUGGAUGGUGGUCGGCCUGGUUAAAUCAAGGAAUUACUAUUUAUUACAAUGAUGUAGUGAAACCAAACACUGAUCUUAGCACAGAUUUCAGUGAAGAUAUGAACGAUUUUUUUCCGUCAAAUUGGAUUGGAAUGCAAUGA